ACAGCACGAAAUGAAACAUCAAGCCCUUGCAGGCAAGGCCAUGGCUCCGGCAUUGCUCUAUCCAUGCCUCGUCUUCCUCGCCCUGCUAGCCGGCAGCGCCACCACCGCUACCUCUCACUCUCAGUGCCUUGACAACCCGCCGGACCUGACGGCCGGCGGUGCCGAGGCCGGUGUGGUCAUCAACGAUCUGGCCGGCUUCAAGGCCUACGUCACCGGUGCUAGCCACUCCGACAGGGCCGUCGUCCUGGCAUCCGACUUCUACGGAUUUGAAGCACCACUGCUGAGGAAAAUUGCCGACAAAGUUGGUGAAGCUGGAUACUACGUUGUGGUGCCCGAUUUCUUCGAUGGACAACCUUACAGUGAAGGCGCGAACAGAACAGAGUGGAUCCAGGCUCACUCUCCGGUAAAGGCAGCUCAAGAUGCAAAACCAAUCUUCGAGGCUUUGAGAAAGAAAAGGAAAUCUGUUGUCGGAGUUGGAGGCUAUUGUUGGGGUGGGAAGUUCGCGGUGGAGGUAGCGAAAACGAGCGAGGUAGAAGCAAUUGUCAUCUCCCAUCCUUCAGCAGUCACUACUGACGAUAUGACAGAGAUCCAGCAACCCAUUGAGAUUCUUGGAGCUCAGAAUGACACUAUUACACCGCCAAAAUUGGUGUAUCAGCUAGUCCAGACCCUGCAUCAAAGAAGUGGGAUUCCAUACUAUGCGAAGAUUUUUCCAGGAGUGGCGCAUGGCUUUGCUUGCAGAUACAAUACCACCAACCCGUUCGCAGUCAAGACAGCUGAGCAAGCGCUUGCCUUGAUGCUCGAUUGGUUCCACGAGCACUUAAAAUAAAAAUACCUCAUCAUGCAAGUCACGUACUGUUUCUUACAUUCAAAUAAAAUUUACUUGCUUUAAUAUACAAACUUACACAACCAGCCUUGAAAAUAAUGUGUCUAUGGUCUAUAUGCUUUAAAAUAAAGAUUGUAUGUAUCUUUU